AUGUAUUCUCCCUCGCGAUAUGAGAAGUCGCGAGCCGACGAUUCACAUCUACCGAAAGGGGGCUGUCGAUAUAUCCUCUCACACCCGGAACUGACAGGGCUACGGUGUGCCUGUGUCGGCUUUGCCUUGAGUAGAUCUGUACCUGGCAGCACUUGUGAUUGCGGGCAUCAAGCGUGCUAUCAUAUCCCGGAGAAGGAGAGUAACUCGGUCGAGCGGCAAGAGCUGGAGGCUUUGAGAAAGAAGGUCGACUGGCUGGUCGAGCAGCUGGAACGAGAGAGGCGCGGCGGGAGUGGUGGACUCGUGGAUCGCAUCGGCUGCCUGGAAGAGCUAGUGGAUCGGAGUCGAGCCGAAAGCGAAGUCGAGUUCAAGAAUGUCUAUCGCCAGCAGAGCAGCCUCUUCCAAAAUGUCGGGGCUCUGAACCACCGGACGCCGUACUACGACGAUACCAUCGAAGGCCUGGUGGACACUGUUCAGGGGUUCCGGAACCAGUUGAUGGAACUCGACGAUGCUUCGAUGCGGCUCGAGGACAAGGUCGAUAGCCUGGGAUCCUUCAGUAAGGCCGCUAUCAGUCGGAGACGGAGAGCAUCAACGCCCCCAUCGAAGAAAUCCGACGAGUCGGAUAUGUCCCUGAGCCCGACCCCUCGCGAGUCUCGCUUCCCUUUGCAUCCUAUGAUGGCCGACGAAGCUACUCGCAUUCGAUCCUUCCGAGACAGAGUCUCCAGCAUUGGAUCUGGAUCGCAGUCUUGGACCGUCCACGUGUCACUCCUACCGACCUCGUCACAGCCUUUUCCGUUCGAGAAGGACACGGCCGCCUACAAGCGUUGUUUAUCAAGAGGUCUCCAUCAAGUUGUUGUUGUUCCCGACACCGACAGCGCCUCGUUCCGAAACGCGGUUAACGAUGCUUUCUGUGCCAUUCUCCAUGGACGGCCCUGGCACCCCCUCGUUGCUCGUCUUUGCGAUGCCAAAAGUCUCCGCGGUCUCCCGAUGCUCCGCCCACUUGACGACUACCUCAUUGGGAGCAACUACGACGCUGAAUUCCUGCAGAUCAAUUGCGCUGUCAACGAUGAAAGCGGGAAAAUCCUCGACCUGUACAUUGCCAUGGCCGAGGACACGCUCUCGUGGGCCGAGUUGAGAGAGAUUGCUCCUUUCAAGACUGGACUGGAAGCUUCGUGGGCGUACGACCGACUCCUUGACGGCCCUUCCAAUACCGAGGCCCUGCAUCCUGAUACUACUCGACCAGCCGCUGGUGAUAUUCUUACCGCCUGGUCACCAAGACUAAAACGAAACGCCUCGGAAAUCUCAGGGGCUGCCAGCUUUGGUCCGUCCGACUCGGCAAAUACCAGAGCGAAGCUGCGUCGGCCGUAUGCCGAAGGUCCUGUGGAGGUAGUAGGAAGGCACGCAGAAGCAGUUUGA